AUGCCUAAGCAAUUGCCUUUCCAGCUAGACGAUCCGUCCCUCUUGCACGAGAGUGCGUUGUUGAAUGGUGAUUGGAUUCAGUCCCUAUCUGGAGAGACGUUUGAUAUCGAAGAUCCUGGCACUGGAAAGGUGUUUGCAGCCUGUCCAACCAACAAGUUUCCUGCCGUGGACAAAUUUGUCAAGACGUCGCAUGAAGCGUUCCUCGAAUACCGUCAUGUCAACCCCCGCCAGCGGGCCCAGAUGCUUUUGAAGUGGCAUGAGCUUAUCACCAACGCUCGGGAGGACAUUGCUAAACUUGUUGUUUACGAGACUGGUAAGCCGCUGGUAGAAGCACGCGGUGAGGUUGACUAUGCCCUUGGCUUUGCGUGGUGGUUUGCUGGUGAAGCAGAGAGGAUCCGGGGCUCCAUUGCUGUACCGUCCGUCUCUGGACGGCGUACUUUCGUCGUUAAGCAGCCCAUCGGCGUGAGCGUUGCUCUCGUUCCGUGGAACUUCCCAAUCGCUAUGAUCAUUCGCAAGGUCGCGGCGGCUCUGGCAGCUGGCUGCACCACGGUCGUGAAACCAUCUCCAGAAACACCUCUGAGUGUUUUGGCGCUGGCUGACCUGGCCCUGCGCGCCGGUUUUCCGCGGGGUGUUUUUAACGUUAUUACCACCGAUAACCGCAAUACGCCAUCUGUCAGCGAGUCUCUCUGCAAACAUCCCCUUGUACGCAAGGUCACCUUUACAGGAAGUACUGCAGUGGGAAAGCUCAUUGCUAAACAUUGUAGUGAAGGUCUUAAAAAGGUCACCCUCGAGCUGGGUGGCAAUUGUCCCUUCAUCAUCUUCAAUGACGGAGAUCUUGAACAAGCUGUGGCUGCACUCAUGAUCCUUAAAUGGCGUACCGCAGGACAAGCUUGCACUCACGCAAACAGAGUGUAUGUUCAGAGUGGUGUAUACGACAAGUUCGCACAGAUGAUACUGAAGGCAACGCAAAGUCUCCGCGUGGGGCACGGCGCCGAGCCCUCCACUACCAUGGGUGCACUUACAACCCCCCGAGGCAUCGAAAAACUAGAGAGGCAUAUCUCAGACGCUGUUUCCAAGGGAGGCAAGAUUUUAUCCGGCGGCAAGCGACCUAAGACCCUCGGCGGGUAUUUCUUCGAGCCCACUAUCAUUUCUGGUAUGACUUCUUCAAUGAUGACAACGCAGGAGGAGAUUUUUGGGCCUCUUCUAGGCUUGUACAAGUUUGAGACGGAGGAGGAGGUCGUCAAAAUGGCAAACGAUACAUCAAUGGGCCUUGCGUCGUAUUUCUUUACCAAGGAUGUCAACCGGACUUGGAGACUACUUGAGAAUCUUGAAGCCGGCAUGAUUGGCAUGAACACAGGAAAUUCCUCGGGAGCAGAAUCCCCUUUUGGAGGGAUCAAGGAAUCGGGUUACGGCAAGGAGGCUGGCAAAGAUGUGGCCAUCGAGGAGUACUUAAUCGCGAAAACCGGUACUCUCUCGAUUGAGCCACUAUCAAAAUUGUAA